AUGGCGUCCACCAAUGCUCUGCCCGGUCAGGUGUCGAGCGCGCGUAUGGCGUGCGACAGGAGAGGGGCUAGGUGUCCAGUCUCCUUCUGUAGGUGUUCCACGCUUCAUCCUGAAUUGACCUGUAUUUGUGAUGAAAGCUUUUGAUUCUGUUAGUGUCUUUUUGUCCGUUUUCAGCUUCAUUCGGGCAGUCGCUUUGGUUUUGAUCUAGAGUGGAUGACUGUGAUGGCCCACUCUCUGAGUCUAGGGUUGAAACUGAUGCGGUAAUUCACGCUUAUUGGUGAAUUAUUGGGGGUUUUGCGCUCGGACGACCUCUAUUUUGGGCCUUUUUGGUCUGCUUUUCUGUUUUCUAGUCAAUUUCUGUAGCCAUUUCCCCUGAAAUGUGUUUUCCUGCCUCAUGUUUCAGGGGAUGUUAGUUUAUUAUUAUUUUUCCAAUUAUAUUUCAGUGCGUUCAUGCUAUUUUGAUUACCCGAGGAAUAUGGCGUUUGCGUAAAUUGUAAAUUGUAAGUCGGUGAAGGAAAAGAGAGAAAAUGUGUUGGAUUAGAUGCUUCCGACGCGAUAUCGAGAAGUGUACUCAUGUUCUUGUGACUUUACUUCAGAAUACAGUAUAUCUGGGAGCUUUAUCAUUUUUCUGUUGAGCUAGAUGUAAGACUAUGUUUUCUUUCAGGUAAUGAACUCCGCACCAGCAAGUUCGUGAAAGUUCCACGGCUUAUAUCACGGUCUUCUUGUAAAAGCGGGAAGAAAAUUAGCCCUCUCAGAGUUAAUGGUUUGUUCGGAGGAAAGAAGGAUAAGGGCGACGGUGAUGAUGGUUCGUCAAAGGUGAGAAAUACUGUAGUGAGUGUGGUGCAGAUAUCUGUUCUUGAUCACUGGAUGCUGCGUAAUUGAAAAAAAAAUCAUGGGCCUUUGUUACGUCAGCCUUGCUUAUGGUUUCCUUUUCCUUUUUCGUGGUAGUUGUAAUUCGGAUGAUCUUCAAUCAUGAGUCUCUUGGCAUCUGGAAUGAUUCAUUCUUUGCUAAUCACUAGAUUGACUCUCAUUUAAUGCUUGGCUAUGCUCAAUUAAAACUUAUUUUGCUUCUUACGAGUUGGUAAUCUCCCAGUGUAAUUUGGCCUAAUAGAUAGCUAUUAGAUGAUUACGACUAUUUAAAAAUUAUUUAUAGCCCUAUUUCUAAACAAAUAAAUGAUUGAAGAUAGAUCCAUAAGAUUUGAAGCUCGUUACCCAUGCAUAUGUCACUUAUCCUGUUAAUAGGUUUGAAGGCCAAACUUAGACAGGAACGUAAAAAUUGGUUGUUGUUUCUUCUGGGAGCCUUUCAGCCUGAAACCAAGUUUUUUGCACUAUCACUUUAAACAGUAGAUAUAUUAUAUUCUUGGAUAUGCAUAGUCGUCCAGUUUAUUGUCCUUUGUUGAUUUCUUUCCUCAAUUGCUAUGCCAUUUAGUUGUUUUUGAGGAUUAACCAUUUGAUAGUGUGACCUGUCGAGGAUGCAAUCCCUUUCUCCAUAGUUGUUAAAGAAUUCCAGUUGAAUGUGCUAUUUAGUUGACGAUAUAAUCCUCUUAAUGCUUUUCAAAGUCGCCAUCCUUGAUUAAUUGUGGAAACACUGCCCGUGUCAGUAUGCGAUUUCCACAUCCGUUGUUGAGUCAGUCUUCAGCAAGCUACAAUGAAAAUAUUAUUAGAUGCAUUUUCGUCGUCAAUUUAAAUUUUCUUAAUUAAACUUUUCUUAAUUACAGUGCACAACAGGAUUAAAUAAUUGUUAUGUGGAUAUAUAUUUUUUUUAUUUUUUAUUUUCUGUAUCAUGGAAACGUGAUUGUGUUAUAAAAAAACAGUAUUUUUCAUGUUUGUAUAAAAAAUAACUAUUCGUGGUAUGUUUGGUUAAUCAUGCUAACCUCAUUCUUAUGCAUCACCUAUUUCUAUGAUAGGCAGGAAUCGUGGGCAACCUGCAAAAUCUUUAUGAAACCGUGAAGAAGGCACAGAUGGUUGUCCAAGUCGAAGCUGUUCGUGUACAGAAAGAGCUUGCUGAGUAUGUGUCAUCUCAUUAUUUCUCACAACGGAUAAACCUUAGUCUCAUUGAAUUCCUAUAAUAUGGUUUCAAAAUAUUUUGUUCACAGAGCGGAGUUUGAUGGGUACUGUGAAGACGAGCUAAUCAAGGUAGGUCAACAUUACUCAUAACCUAAUCUUUGUGUAGAGAAGAGUUGACUUAUAGUGUUCUCUUUGCCAAUGCUUGAAUUAACCAUGAAUAACGAUUCAGACGGUUUUAUUUAAGUUAAUAUCAAUUAAAACAUCUCUUUUGGUGUUACUUUUCUCUAGAAAUUAGUAUUAUUUUUUGAAAAAAAUUCCUUGCAGGCAACCCUUUCUGGAAACCAGCAACCUCUGAGAAUCGAAAUCACUGAGGCUGCCAUGGAGCUAGGAGCUGAGGUACUUCUUCAUCGAUUUGUGACUGCAUCCCUGAUAUGAUGAUUUUUUGGAAAAUAUUUCUGUGCAUUGAAUAUAAAAUGCUUCUUGGAUCAAGCUUUUCAUCUUCUCGUAUAUCACCACAUUGGGUCCUUGAUUUGCCCAAUUCAGCAGUACCCAUUACAGAUAUUUCCUGCUCAUUCUUUCCAGAAUCAGCCAUUAUUCCUUGAUAAUUGGGGUUUUCUUGGGAUGAUCCCUUUCUGUCCACUGUUUCCUGCAGAAGCUCUCUCUUCUGGUGACAGAGGCCUACAAGGAUGCCCAUCAGAAGAGUGUCAAGGUAGGGCACCCAAGAAAGCCUUUCAAGCCACACCCACCAGCCUCUGCAACUCUCUUGAUCUGAGAUCUCCACCUUCUUUCUCCUAGGCCAUGAAGGAGAGGAUGAGCAACCUGGCCCAGAGCCUGGGGAUGCCUCCUAACCUUGGCGAGGGGCUCAAGCAAUGA